AUGGCUUGCUCGCCCCAACCCAUGUUUCGAAAAGGGGUUUCUCGAGAAGUUGUAUCUGGUGCGCUACAGGCUUGGGAUAAGUUGUUGCGCAUUGAGUACGGGGUAAUAGCUCCCGCUUAUUUCUGGGGUUCUUUAUCAAGACUCACCUUCUUUGUAUUCAGCUUACCCAUGCCCCUCGGUCCAACAUCUGCCAGACAAAUCCCGCGGGCGGGGGAGGUUCCCGUUCGACGACGGAAUACUCCUUCACGAUGCACUGGGAUAACUUGGCGGAGAAAAAGUCGCAAAGUCUAUAUGCUGCCUGGUUCCAAGUACUUCCAGCAAUUAGCGGAGCAACAGUUUCUGCACCUCAAAUACCAACGCAAUGAUGCCAUCACCGAUGAGGACGACUGCCGGAAGAAAUAUGUGGCACGCUGUCUUUUCCGGCAAAUAGCACAACGGGUCCUAGUACAGCAUGGCCGAUUCUACCUCUACUGCGAUGAUCUGCGCCCAUCGAAUGUCCUUGUCACAGAGUCUGAUUUGAGGGUCACUGGUGUCAUUGACUGGGAGUAUACAUAUGUCGCCCCCGCUGAAUUUACAUACAGUGCUCCAUGGUGGCUCCUAUUUGAAAGCCCGGAGGCUUGGGACCUGGACAAUUUCAUGGAUCGAUACCGCCCUCGCCUCGAACUAUUUCUUAAGGAGCUCCGUGUCCAUGAAGACGAACAGAUCCGCCAAGGUAGUCUAAAGGAAUCACAGCGUCUUUCAUAA